CCCGCUGCGCCUGCUGGUGGAUGCCGACAACUGCCUGCAUCGCCUGUACGGUGGCUUCUACACCGACUGGGUGAGCGGCGGCCAGUGGAACCACAUGCUCGGCUACCUGGCGGCUCUAGCCAAGGCCUGUUUCGGAGGCAACAUCGAGCUCUUCGUCUUCUUCAACGGCGCGCUCGAGAAGGCCCGGCUGCACGAGUGGGUCAAGCGGCAGGGCAACGAGCGCCAGACAGCGCAGCAGAUCGUCAGCCAUGUCCAGAACAAGGGCACGCCACCGCCCAAGGUCUGGUUCCUGCCUCCGGUCUGCAUGGCCCACUGCAUCCGCCUGGCGCUCAUCCGCUUCCACGUCAAGGUUGCACAGAGCAUUGAGGAUCAUCAUCAAGAAGUGAUUGGCUUCUGCAGAGAGAAUGGUUUCCAUGGCUUGGUGGCGUAUGACUCUGAUUAUGCACUGUGCAACAUCCCCUACUACUUCAGUGCCCAUGCCUUGAAACUGAGCCGCAACGGGAAGAGUCUCACCACAAGCCAAUAUCUGAUGCACGAGGUUGCCAAGCAACUGGACCUGAACCCAAACCGUUUUCCUAUUUUUGCUGCUCUGUUAGGAAAUCACAUACUACCUGAUGAGGAUCUGGCUUCCUUUCAUUGGAGUUUACUUGGUCCAGAGCAUCCACUCGCCUCACUGAAGGUCCGAGCCCACCAGCUGGUCUUGCCACCCUGUGAUGUAGUGAUCAAAGCUGUAGCUGAUUAUGUCCGAAACAUUCACGACACGUCUGACCUGGAUGCCAUAGCUAAAGAUGUUUUCCAGCAUUCACAGUCUAGAACAGAUGACAAAGUCAUUCGGUUUAAGAGAGCAGUUGGAUAUUACUCAGCAACUAGCAAGCCUAUGCCAUUUCACCCACCACAUUACUUAGCCCGACCAAAUCCAUUUGGAAUGCCUGGGAUGGUGCCACCAUAUGUUCCCCCUCAGAUGCUCAACAUUCCACAGACUUCUCUGCAAGCAAAGCCCGCGGUCCCACAGGUGCCCAGCCCAGGGGGCACCCCAGGCCAGGCUCCAUACCCAUACAGCCUCCCUGAGCCAGCCCUCGCCCUGGACACUAGCGGGAAGAACCUGGCAGAGCAGAACAGCUACAGCAACAUUCCUCCUGAGGGGAAGCACACGCCGCUGUAUGAGCGCUCCUCGCCCAUCAACCUGGCCCAGAGUGGCAGCCCCAAUCAUGUGGACUCUGCCUACUUCCCUGGCUCUUCAACAUCAUCAUCGUCAGACAAUGAUGAGGGCAGUGGAGGGGCAGCCAACCACAUCAGCGGGAACAAGAUUGGCUGGGAGAAGACAGGAAGCCAUGCAGAGCCGCUGACACGGGGAGACCCCGGAGACCAAGUAAAGGUAGAAGGUUCAUCCACUGCCUCUUCGGGAAGCCAGCUAGCUGAAGGCAAAGGGAGCCAUAUGGGCACUGUUCAGCCAAUCCCGUGCCUCCUGUCAAUGCCUACCAGGAACCACAUGGAUAUCACCACGCCUCCCUUGCCCCCCGUCGCACCUGAGGUGCUGAGAGUGGCUGAGCACAGACACAAGAAGGGACUGAUGUACCCCUACAUCUUCCACGUCCUGACAAAGGGUGAAAUCAAAAUUGCUGUUUCUAUUGAAGAUGAAGCCAACAAAGACCUGCCUCCGGCCGCCCUGCUCUAUAGGCCAGUUCGUCAGUAUGUUUACGGAGUCCUGUUUAGUUUGGCAGAAAGCAGAAAGAAAACUGAGAGACUUGCUUUUAGAAAGAACAGACUUCCACCAGAAUUCUCGCCACUGAUCAUUAAGGAAUGGGCAGCUUACAAGGGGAAGUCUCCUCAGACCCCGGAACUAGUGGAAGCACUGGCCUUCCGGGAGUGGACCUGCCCCAAUCUGAAGAGGCUUUGGCUGGGCAAGGCGGUGGAAGACAAGAACCGCCGGAUGAGGGCCUUCCUGGCCUGUAUGAGGUCUGAUACCCCAGCCAUGCUCAACCCUGCCAAUGUGCCCACUCACCUCAUGGUGCUCUGCUGCGUCUUACGGUAUAUGGUGCAGUGGCCCGGAGCUCGAAUUCUGAGGCGUCAGGAGCUGGAUGCCUUCCUGGCUCAGGCAUUGUCCCCCAAACUCUAUGAGCCGGACCAGCUGCAGGAACUCAAGAUUGAAAACUUAGACCCUCGAGGAAUUCAGCUGUCAGCUCUCUUCAUGAGCGGAGUAGACAUGGCACUGUUUGCUAAUGAUGCAUGUGGGCAGCCCAUCCCCUGGGAACACUGUUGUCCUUGGAUGUAUUUCGAUGGGAAGCUCUUCCAGUCCAAACUUCUUAAAGCCAGCCGGGAAAAGACCCCACUCAUCGACCUCUGUGAUGGUCAGGCUGAACAGGCUGCCAAGGUUGAAAAGAUGCGCCAGAGUAUCCUGGAGGGGCUCAACUUCUCCCGGCAAAACCACCCACUCCCCUUCCCACCACCUCCUGCUCUGCCCUUCUACCCAACUUCUGUAUACCCUCGGCACUUUGGGCCAGUCCCACCCUCACAGGGCAGGGGCAGGGGCUUUGCAGGAGUCUGUGGCUUCGGAGGCCAUUAUGGGGAAACAGUAGCAACAGGCCCUUACCGUGCCUUCCGGGUGCCAGCAGCAUCGGGACACUGUGGAGCCUUCUCAGGCAGUGACAGCAGCAGGACUAGCAAGUCCCAGGGCGGUAAUUAUUACCACACCCACACCCCUCCAAGCUUCCACUGCCCGCAUUUCCUCUGCUCCAGCAUCUAGCCCCUUCCCUCCAUGGCUGUCCUAUCAAGCCUCCUCUAACUCAUUGACUUUUCUCUUGGGUCCCUGACUGACCCGCUGCCCUUGGGUCUAUCCAGUGGCCCUGUCGUAGCUGUCCUGUCCUCUCCUUCCAGGCUAGGCCACUGAGUGUCUACCUAGAAGACAACUUGUUUGUGCAUCAGUGUGUCCUGGCCAGCACCUCACAUGCUCAGGCUAGGCUGCCAAUUUUGCACAGUGGCGUAUAUCACGAAGCCGUCUUUUGGUGAAGGUGCUUGUUCUUGUGUAGAAGAUGUAGCAGGUGCAGACUUUCUAUCACAUAAAAGCCUCUGAUAGUUUGUUUUUUAAAGAAAAUUCUCAUGUAAGAUAGUGUACUGUAAAUAUUCCUUCCAUCUCUGUUCAUUCGUAUUUAUCUUGUAAAGGGGAAUCCCGAGUUUUGGAAAUAGUUCAUUCGAAUUCUACUGUCACUUGAAGCCAUCAAGUAAUUUUGCAGGAUUGGUCUGAUGCAUUCAGAGUUACUUUCGUGAUAGGCAUUGGAUGAUAGCAUUUCCAUCUCAGUUCCCUGCCCCUGCAGAGGCCUGCAAGAACCAUGGUAUAUGGAAAGAUGUGGCUGAGGAUGAGCUGUCUGCAGCCCCAGUGGGCCCUGAUCUUCCUGUUCCUGUAACCCCACCACGUGUUUCAGCUCCCUGUGGAGUUGGACUCUGAUGUGGCCUGUCCUAUGGGUAGGGAGAGCAAGGAAAGGGAACUACAAGGAACAUAACUGGCCUCCCAGCUGUCCUGUUCACGCCUGCACUGUGUGCACCUAAAGCACAUCAGCUGUGGACCUGAAGUACAAGUGGAUGCAGGGGCUCAAGACAGAAGGUAGCCGUAAAGUAGCUUAGUAACUUCUCAGUCUUACUAGGGUGUUGCAGUGGAUGCCUGUAUCUCAGCCCUUAGAAGACAGGGGCAGGCCCUAAACGGGAUGUCUCCAUCAAAUCCCUCCCCUCAGGGCUCAGGGAACCCUGCAAAAGAGGAGGCAAAAGAACCAGAGGGGAUGGAGGACGCCAAGAAAACCAGGCCCUGUAAACAACAUGAUCCUAUGAACUCAGAGACUGAGGCAGCAUGCACAGGGUCUGUACAGGUCUGGGUCUUUGGAGUCAUGCUUCCGGAUUACUGUUUUUAUGGGAUUCCUGAGUGUGAACGAGUGGGUCUUCGUGGGCCUUCUCUUUGGCUCUUUUCCCUGUCCAAUUCCAAUGUGUCAGUUUUUGCUUUUAUCUCACUAUGUCUUAUUAUUAUCAUCCCUUAGAAAACUGUUUGUUUUCUAAUGAGACAGUAAGAGAGGGGAGGAACUGGCAGAAGUAAAGGGUGGGAAACUAAUCAGGAUAUAUUAUGUGAGAGGGGAAGACCUAUUUUUAAUAAAAGGGGGGGAAAGUAAAAAAAAAAAAGGCUUGCAGGAAAAUUACUACAAGUUAAAGGCUAGCCUAGUAAACAUAGCAAGUUUCAGAUCAGCUGAUGCUACAUGGUGAAAUUGUGCCCCCAAACACCAAUUAUUUAUUUAUUUAUUCAUUUAUUUAUAUUACCUGGCAAAAUAAUAUUAGCAUAAAGUAAACUUAUUAAAACAUCUUUUCUGAGUGUGGUGGCACAUUCCUUUAAUCCUAGCACUCUGAAGGCAGAGGCAGGUUCUAGCACAGCCAGGUCUCCAUAGUUAGCUCCUGGCCAGCUAAGAGCUUGUCUUAGAAACAAAGGCCUCUCCAGGGAGGAUGGGUCUGACACACUCUGGGUAACUUUGCAGUCAUAGCUGUUUCCAACAGCUGAGUGGAGUUGGCCAUAGGCAUGCGUCUUCACAGCAGGAUUGUAAGGAGCUUGCCAUGUCAUCUGAGGAGCAAAAUGUUCACACUCGUUUGGUUUUAACCGCUUUCCUAUAACACAGAUUAAGGAAUUUCUUAGGUCAGAAAACAGAAAUAGUCAAUCCAUCAGUAAUCAAUAGAAGCUGGUGAGUGCAGCAUGUAUCUAAUUUUGUGCUUGAGGAGGUUCUAAUUUAGCAAUGUGGUAACUGUGGAACUGUGUGUAGUCUCCCUGUAACUCCACACAGAAGCAAGAGGGUCACGGGUUCCCACUGGCCUGGAUUGCACAAUGAGACCUUAUUUCCAGAAUCCAUGGUGUGUGCAUGUAGUUCAGUGGAAACGCACUUGCCCGGCCUGUGCGCGACCCUGGGUUCCAUUCCUAGUGUGUGAGAGAGAGGAAGGAGUGCUUAGAUUUAUUGAUUAAUUUCCCUAAUGUUUGGCUAAUGACACCAACAUGGAAGUAUUUAUCUAGAGAAAAGCAUUCUGAGGGUGCACAAGUCCAUCUGGUGGUGUAGAAGGCAACCCAGUUACACUCAGCUGGCUACACUUAUCUGAAUUUCCCUAAAUAGGAGUCCACUAUGGCAGUUAAGAUCUAACUCCCUUGCAGAUUCUUUUGUUUAGUUUAGUUUUGUUUUUUAAACAUUUAUUUUGCAUAUGAACAUGCUGCACAGUACUUAUGGAGGUCAGAGGACAACUUGCAGGAAUUGGUUCUCUCCUACAAACACGUGGAACUUGGUGGUAGAACACAGGCCAUCCAUCAGGCUGGGUGGUAAGCGCCAUCAGUGAACGGGUGAGCCGUUACUCAAGCUCCACUCUCUCUAAGUUACACAGGGUCUCCCUGUAGUCCAGUCUGGCCUUAAAUCCACAAUCCUCCUGCCGCAGUUUCCCAAAGGUUUUGAUCACGAAUAUUUACUACCAUACCUAACUCUAUUAUAGGUUCUUAACUGCAGAUUGAAAUCUGGUGUAGGGCCCAGCAUGUCUUUAAUUCUAGCACUUGGGAAGCAGAGGCAGGUGGAUCUCUGUGAAUUCAAUGCUACUAGCCUAUAGAGUUCCAGGAAAGCCAGGCUUACAUGGAAAGACCUGCUUUCAAAAAACAAAAUAAUAAUAAUAGUAAUAAUAAUAAUAGCAGCAGCAUGGUGUGCAGAGAGCCUUCUGUAAUAAAAUGUUCGUAAAGCAGGUACACGGCUUCUUACUAAAUACGAGUUGCUUUGCUUAUUUUCCCCUUGUAGGUCCUAAUGUUGUGUUUAUAAAGAUACUUUUCUUCUCAUGUUUUGUUUUGUUUUUGUUUUU